UGGGCCUUUUGCGUGGUUAUACUUCCCAUUACGUUCGUCUUGACCAUCCCGUUGUCGCUCGUGUUGCAUCGUUUCAAGCAUUGGGUGUCCCAGAAUCCGUUGUUGGCCUGGGUCAACCACUUCUUCGUCAAGGACUACGGGUACUUGUGGUUCACCCUCUUGUACUUCGGGUAUCUUUUCACUUACCAGCAGCAUAACAGGAUACCCUACGACAAGGUGGCCACCUUUCUUCGCAAUUACGGAGUGAAUACCGUGGUGUGCUUGGUCACUAACGUGUGGUGUUUUGGGCCCCUGGUCUUCGAACGGAUCAACAUUGCCACGGGUGGGCACUGCGAGGGACAAGGAGCCACUGCAAGAGAAUGCCAGGCGAGUGGAGGCCGCUGGAUCGACGGCUUCGAUUCUUCUGGCCACUACUACUUGAUUACGUCUAUCAGUCUUAUGCUCGUUUCGGUAGUGCGAUCUAGGGAGGUGGCCACACGGGACGAGGAGUCCACCAUUGCCAACGGGCCUCCGCUGGCCGGGCUCGUGGCAGUGGAACCUUCCGUACCAGGCUCGGAGACCCUACAGGGGACCCAAGAAACAAUUGGGCAUCGCAGUCCCGAUUUCGCAGUGCUAUACCGCAGAGUGCUCUGGUACACCACAAUAACGGUAUUGAUAAUGUGGUACUGGAUGUUUCUUGUGACGUCGAUGUUUUUCCACACCAUUCCUGAGCGAGUGGUGGGGCUCUUGGUAGGGCUUGCGGUUCCGGUGUGCUUG